AUGCUUUUUGAAAGCAGUUCAUUUUUGAAGGGUAUGAUGCUUGGAAGCAUCUUCUGUGCUUUGGUUACUAUGCUAGGACACAUUAGGAUUGGUCACGAAAAUAUAAGUCAUCAUGAGCACCAUCACCUUCAAGCACUUAGCAAAGAAGACUUUUUGAAAAUUUCUGAGGCUGAACGCAUGGAACUUGUUAAGAGUGUUCGUGUAUACUGUAUGAUUCUUGUCAAACCCAAAGAUGUGGGUCGUUGGGCUGCCGUGAAAGACACUUGGACCAAACACUGUGACAAAGUAGAAUUCUUCUGUACCGAAAGUAUUAAGGUGUUUGAGUCAAUUAAUCUUGAAACAAAUGACAUGUGGACAAUGAUGAGAAAAGCAUACAGAUAUGCCUAUGAUAACUAUAAAGACGAAUACAACUGGUUCUUCCUUGCCCGCCCUACCACGUUUGCUGUAAUUGAAAAUCUAAAGUUUUUCUUGUUGAAAAGAGACGCAACCCAACCAUUUUAUAUAGGCCAUACUAUAAAAUAUGGAGAGCUUGAGUAUGUGGAUAUUGAAGGAGGAAUUGUCUUAAGUAUAGAAUCAAUGAAAAGACUUAAACACCUUCUCAGUGACCCCCAAAAGUGUCCUGAACAAGGAAGUAUGAUCUGGAAGGUAUCCGAAGAUAAGCAGCUAGCAGUCUGCUUGAAGUAUUCUGGAGUGUUUGCAGAAAAUGCAGAAGAUUCCGAAGGAAAAGAUGUAUUUAACACUAAAUCAAUUGGGUUUCUCAUUAAAGAGGCAAUGUCUAAUAACCCCCAGCAAGUAGUAGAGGGAUGCUGUUCAGACAUGGCUGUCACUUUUAAUGAUCUGGCUCCAAACCAGAUGCACGUGAUGAUGUAUGGUGUGUAUCGGCUUAGGGCAUAUGGACACACUUUUCAUGACGCAUUAGUUUUCUUACCUCCAAAUGGGUCAGACAAUGACUGA